AUGGAGGUGAUGGGUAUGGUGAUGAGGAUAAAGAUGAGGGGAUGUUGUAUCGUGAAAUCGUCAAUCUGAGAUCAGAGAGGAUUUAACUGUGAAACAGUGAAUUGAGAAAAUUACGAGUGGGAAAGUACAGGGACGAAGGGGGGAAUGUGAGUUGAGGAAAAAUGAGGGGUUUGAUCUUCAUUCUCGGUCUUCUGUUCGCCGUGCAAGGACCUGCUCGUUGUAAUAACGAUGAGGACAAUCACGAGGAUCUCGAACUUGAGCCACUCGAUCGUGGACCCUACUUCGAUGUAUCGGCUUCCCAAAAUGUCACUGCUCUCGUUGGCAAGUCUGCAAUACUCAAGUGUCGUGUCAAGAAUUUGGGAGACAGAACGGUAUCAUGGGUGAGACAUCGAGAUAUUCAUCUACUAACAGUGGGCGUUGACACCUACACCUCUGAUCAGCGGUUCAUAGCAUCACAUUUUCCAAGAACCGAGGAUUGGACGUUAGAGGUUAAAUAUCCACAAAGACGAGAUUCAGGUACUUACGAGUGUCAAGUGUCAACGACGCCUCCAAUUGGCCACUGGAUGCAGCUAUCAGUCGUUGAACCCGUAACGACAGUUGUAGGUGAGCCGGAAAUGUACAUAAACAGAGGUAGUACGAUGAAUCUAACGUGCGUGGUACGUCACAGCCCAGAACCACCUCCGGCCAUUUAUUGGACUCACAAUGAAGAGGAGAUUAAUUAUGACAGCCCGAGGGGAGGAGUCUCGGUGAUUACGGAAAAGGGUGAGAUUACAACAUCCUAUCUGCUUGUUCAACGUGCCCAACCAGCCGACAGUGGAAGUUACACUUGUCAUCCGAGCAAUGCUAAUGAGAAAAGCGUGAUUGUUCAUGUUUUAAAUGGAGAACAUCCGGCUGCAAUGCAGCACGGUGGACAGCUGAGAAUAGGUAAUCCACCAUUCGUGAUAUGUUUGGCGAGUCUACUGGCUUUUUUAAAUCAUCGCCACUGAAGCUGAAAGCCAUAAACAUUUUGGAACCAAGAGAAUAUACUCCCAACUCCCACUACCAUCCUUUCUUUUUAUUGUAAUCGAUGGGAGAAGAUGCAUGAGAGUGUCAGGGUGAGUGUGAUAGUGUACGAAUGAAAUAUACGGUGAAAUUGUAACCGAAGCGUGACAGGAAGGAGGUCCUCACGGUAUACCUCCUUCCCCUCAUCCGAGAAGUUGCCUUUCAGAGGUGAAGGGUGAGUUGUAGAGGGACUGGGGUGUUGGGUCGAAGGGAGAGGGUUAGGGAGGGGG